UCAGCGGGGGGAGAAUGGAGAUCAGAAUCGAGUAACAUUCUGGAUUUGGACCACGCUAUCUCAGCGACUGCUUUGCUAAAUAAUUGAUCCCUCGGCUUGUGACUGGUUAAAAAUGAGGAAGGCAGUGCUGAUGAUUUGGAUCAGCCUUCUGGUGCAAGUGUCCCAUUGUGCUCAGGGUCAUUACGCCCGCAAACUUCUGAAUGACCUGAUGGAGGACUACUCCAACGCUCUGAGACCCGUAGAGGACACAGACGCAGCACUCAAUGUCUCCCUGCAGAUCACGCUGUCACAGAUCAAAGAUAUGGAUGAGAGAAACCAGGUGUUAACCACCUACCUGUGGAUCAGGCAGGUUUGGCAUGAUGCCUACCUGAAGUGGGACAAGGAAGACUAUGAUGAUCUAGAGAUGAUCAACAUCCCCAGUGAUCUGGUUUGGAAGCCGGACAUUGUCCUCUACAACAAAGCAGAUGAGGAGUCGUCAGGUCCGUCCAACACUAAUGUGAAGCUGCGUUAUAACGGAGAGAUCAUAUGGGAUUCUCCAGCCAUCACAAAGAGCACAUGUGUGGUGGAUGUUGCCUAUUUUCCCUUUGACUGGCAGCAAUGCAAUCUCACUUUUGGCUCCUGGACCUACAAUGGCAACCAGGUGGACAUCAGUUUGGGCAUGGACAGUGGCGACCUGUCUGACUUUGUGGAAAACGUAGAGUGGGAGUGUCACGGCAUGCCGGCUGUAAGAAACGUCAUGAUGUACGGCUGCUGCUCAGACCCUUACACUGAAAUCACCUACACCCUCCUCCUGAAGCGCCGCUCCUCUUUCUACAUCUUCAACCUGCUCCUUCCCUGCUUCCUCAUCUCGUUCCUGGCCCCGUUGGGCUUCUACCUGCCGGCAGACUCGGGGGAGAAGGUUUCCCUGGGGGUCACAGUGCUGCUGGCGCUCACCGUGUUCCAGUUGUUGGUGGCUGAGAGCAUGCCUCCGGCAGAGAGCAUGCCCUACAUAGGAAAGUACUAUAUUGCCACUAUGACUAUGAUCACAGCCUCCACCUCCCUCACCAUCUUCAUCAUGAAUAUUCAUUUCUGUGGUGCUGAGGCCAAACCAGUUCCUCACUGGGCCAAAGUGCUCAUCAUUGACUACAUGUCGAAAAUCUUCUUCGUCUACGAAGUGGGGGAGAACUGCACUACACCGGAGAGUGAGAGAACCCCACUGUACCCGGAAGAACCGAUGAGUGAUAAGGCCGGCUACCAUGACGACCGUUUCAAUGAUGGUUUCUACCAUCAUGACAGCGACCCAUACAAGUACAGCAACGGCCACAGUGUGCACCAUCACAAUAACCAUCACAAAAGCCAGGCGAAUGGCAGCGCCAACAGCCGGCACCACCAUUAUAACAACCACAACAAUCGUGCUUCCAGGCUUGAGAGGGGUGAGGCAAAGCAAGAGCCCCCACAGCGCUACCACCACAUCAGGAGGGAUGAGCUGGACUACCAGGCCGCUUCUCAUCCGCGAAGCCUCCAUCACCUGAAUGGGGGGUUUAAGGAGCAGAUCCUCUACCCCUCAGAGAAGUAUCAGAUCCCAUCCUGCCCUUGCUGCUGCCCCUGCCUCCAGCAUAAACAGGUGGUGAAGAACAUCCAAUACAUCGCCAACUGUUUCCGUGAGCAGAGAGCCCAAUGCGUCAAGGCGGCAGAGUGGAAGAAGGUUGCCAAGGUGAUGGAUAGGUUUUUCAUGUGGAUCUUCUUCGUCAUGGUCUUCCUCAUGAGCAUCCUCAUCAUUGCCAAGGCGUCUUGACAGCUUCUUCACCGUCUUUAUGUCAACAUUAAUCCUCCGAUAAAGCUGGGCCUCAGUGUUACUCAUCUCUACCUUCAUGCAACCUCAGAUAAAUCAAAACAGUUUUGUCCACAAGGAAAUUGUGUUUCCUAUGUCAGUAUUGUGUUGUGUAUGCGUGUAUGGGAGCAGGUUUGUCAGGGUUCAUUGUUUUGCUUUGUUUAGCUCUGACAGAAAGAGGACAAGGUCGCCACACAUGAUCAUCCCUUUAAUCACACACUCACCCAGAACCUCGUCGAAGCUGCUUGGUUAGUUAAUGUCAGGUGUGCUUGCAUGUGUCACGGAGCAGUGGAGCGGUAAGACAAUCUAGGCCGUGCCUUGAACAUGCGUGGACUCUCCAUUAUUGAUGAGCUAACAGCCAGACAUCCCGCUAUAGGCAUUACAUUUCUUGCAAUGCGUUUUAAGCAGCCAGGUGAUGCUGUUUUCCAGAGUCAAUUACAGGAGAGCCAGCGGAAUAACCUUAAAUACUUAUGAAACACCCUUAUGUACGCUCAAAAAGAAGGGAAAUAAACAACUAAAUGGUGAAUCACAUGUGCCCUUAUGAUGAUUAUCACUGGUAGACUGCACAAGGUACAGAUAUUAGAGCCAUGUUAAACUGGUGAGGUGUUUUUUUUUUUUUUUUUGCGAUUUUGCGUUUGAGAUUGGUUUACAAGUCAAGAUUUUGAGCGAAAGGGUGAAUGUUUACCUUUCUUAUCUUACAAAGAUAUCUCACUUUUAACACAAUACUCCGUAAAGCCUACCUCCCAGGAAUGUAGGGUGAAUGUACCAUACUUAUUGACUGAUUCACACUUUGUUCAUUGGACCAGCAAAAAAUAA